UAAGUACGCCUUUCAAAUUAUUAGAUUUUCACUACCCGACUUGUACACAUUUUUGGUUAGUACAUUUUAUUAAUCCCGACAAAAUGCAGAACUCCGGGCGAGGUGCAGACCACUUCAACUUCAUCACGCGGACGGACCGCAAAAGUCUGCACACCCAAAUCGGUUUGCUGGUGACCAAGGCGAAGGAAGUGACCGCAGCGGAGCUGCACGAGCGGAGCAGAAGGCUGAAGAACAUGCUGGAUGAGGAGGACAAGCGGUACGAGGAGGAGUUUUCGAACACGGUGAAGAACCGGAUCGACCAGGACAUCAAGGAACGAAAGGAGCACCUCCACGCCAUCAAGGAGCAGGUUGCCAAGCAGCAGAAGAAGUUCCUCGAGGAGAAGCACAUACAGCAGGUCAUGCUGGACUGCUACGAGAUCCGCGAGGCUCUUCGGCAUCAGGACCUUGUGGAGACGAAGAUAGUCCAGGAGGAGCAAAUUCUGGAGAACCAACGGAAGAAGCGGCGCGAGUGCCAGCAGGAUAACUAUUGGCUGGAGCUGAAUCGCCGUCGGUGGGUCCAGUUCGACUGCAACCAAGCUGAGGAAAACCAGAGGCGCCACCAGAUGCAACAGCAAGUGAAUCAUGUCCUGGCCGUCCAAGUAGCUGAGCACGAGGAGAAGCGCAAGGAGGAACUAGCAGAAAGGAUGGAAGACGAGCGGUUAAUUAAUUCUCUUCUGGAGGAGAUUCGCUUGGAGGAGUUUGUGAAAGAGCACCAAGCUGCGCCAGUGGACCAACUAGCCUACCAGGCCGAGCUACUGAAGGAGAUCGAGCGCAAGAGAUGCGCCCGCCUGGCGGAGUGGGAGGCGGAGAAGGCGGACCACAUGGCCUUCUGCCGGGAAACGCAACGGUUAGAAGCCGAAGCUCUGGCCAAGAUCGCUCAGUCUAAGAAGGACCUUAACCGAGCUACUCUGGAAUACCUGGCCUACCUUCGCCGCAUGCAAUCUCUUGAAUUGGGAAUCGAGAAGAUGAUGGACGAGCGCAUCGCCGAUCUCUACCAGCUGGACAUGUGCACCAAGGUCAACAUCACAGAAAGGGUACGGGUGAAGCGGGAGGCUGCAGAGAAGUGCCACGUGAUCCUCCGGAAACAGAUGUGCGAGGACUACGAACGCAAAAUCCGUUCUGAUGCUGAACUCCGGGAGAACAAAAUGAUGGAGAAUCGAUUCGUUCAUCCGGAGGUCACUCAUGAAAUGAUUGCGUGCCGCCAGAUCCAGCACAAAGCAGACCUGGAUGCACAAAUAAAGGAGAUGAAGCGUAUCCAAGCGGAGGAAGAGAAAAGAUUUGAUAGUCGCCUUAUGGCCGCUGUCGAUGACCCCGUCCUUUGCAAAAGACUAGCUAAGGAGAUCUUGGAAAAUGGUAUUGAUUACCUCGCCCCGCAUCCAAACUGGCGGGUUAUGGCCUGUAAUCCCAACAAGUACAUCCCCAGACCUCCGGCCACCGAGCAAGAUUUCAAUGCCAGAGUUGCCGGUGCCAGUGUGGACAAAUGUCCUUGCCCAAGAGAAGCCAGAAAGCAUUGCGGCUUCAUGGCUAGUCUGGGUAACCAGGAUGUACCUCCCGAGGGAGCCAAGAACCGUGUGGAAGCAGCCACGAUUGACACGGCCCAAAAGCCACAGAAAUCCGCCUUUCGAAAUUGCCGCUGUAAAUUCUAUUAGUUUUUGUUUUGAUGGUAUUGUUUUACAAGCAACUUAAAAUAAAUUAUAAUUCAGU